GCACGCACAACUUUCCCAUCCACGACUAAGUAAUAACACAAAUAUCGCAACCAUGAUCCCACUAAUCACCCUCGAAGAACACUACAUCUCGCGCCAAGUGAGCGAAGCCAGCCCCGCAGCAAAAGCCCACUACGCCGCGUUCCCGCCGCACAUCCGCGGGAAGCUGGAGUCGCUGGGCGCCGGGCGCAUCCAAGACCUCGACGCCGGCAACGUCUCCCUCCAAGUGCUCUCGCACGGGCCCGGCGACAUCAGCGCCGCGCUCUGCACCGCCGUGAACGACGACCUGGCCGCCGCCAUCAGGAGCCACCCGACCCGACUCGCCGGGUUCGCGAUGCUGCCGAUGAGCGAGCCCGCCGCCGCCGCGGCGGAGCUGGGGCGUUGCGUGAACGAGCUGGGGUUCGUGGGGGCGCUGAUCGAGAACCACACCAACGGACAAUUCUACGACGACGAGCGCUUCUGGCCGGUCUUCGCGGAGGCGCAGGCGCUCGACGUGCCGCUCUACCUCCAUCCGACCUUCGCCGCCGACUCCAUGAUGGAGUAUCACCGGGGCAACUAUGACGAGUCGGUCGCGCUGGCGCUGAGCGCCUACGGCUGGGCCUGGCACACGGAGACGGGCCUGCAUGUCCUCCGGCUCUACGCCAGUGGGGUCUUUGAUCGGUAUCCGCGGUUGAAGGUCGUCAUCGGCCAUAUGGGCGAGAUGCUGCCCUUCCAGCUCGAGCGCGUGUUCACGGUGGCGGAGAGGUGGGGCAGGGAGAGGAGCUUCCGCGAGGUCUGGAGGGACAACAUCUGGGUCACGACGAGUGGCAUGUUCUCGUUGGCGCCGUUGGCGUGUCUCCUGCAGACGACAGCGAUUGAGCAUGUGCUGUACAGCGUUGACUAUCCCUUCUCGACGAAUGAGAGAGGUCUGGCGUUUUUUAAGGAGAUUGAGGACAGUGGUCUCAUCGCGGGCGAGGACCUGGAGUUGUUUGCCUAUCGAAAUGCGGAGAACCUACUGGGGGUUAAAGUAAGGACGUCGUGACUGUUAGUUGAGUGGUUGGUUGGUUGGUGUACUCAUACGUCUAAGUGCUAAGGCAGUUCGGCGGCAGCUCUCGUUGCGGUGGCCCUACGUGUCUUGCCUUCUCUCCGUUUAUGCGUAAUGUUGAACAGGGCUAUACGUCCUUCUUACAUGUAAAAUCAAUCUAGUUUGUCUGCUGGUAUGUAUGCGUCACUAGCCUAGACUUGCGUUCCUGCGGGAUUGCGUUGUAC